AGGCUGCUCCAACUUUCUCUUCUUCUCUGCCCUCCUCUAGCUGAGAGGCCUGGUAGCAUUGCCCAAGACUCCCUGGAGUGGCUGGAAGUGUUCCUGCCGAGGAGGCACUCCACAGUGUGGGCUCUGUGAGGCUGAGGUGGUGGUCAGUUGCAGUGAGUGUGAGGAUCCUGGGGGAUUCUCCUUACCUGGCUUGUUUAUGAGUAUUAAAGGGAAGGAGUUGAGGUGUGAAGAACUAGGAUGGCAGUCAACAAGGGCCCAACCUUGCUGGAUGGAGACCUUCCUGAGCAGGAGAAUGUGCUGCAGCGCGUUAUGCAGCUGCCUGUGGUGAGCGGCACCUGUGAGUGCUUCCAGAAGACAUACACCAGCACCAAGGAAGCCCACCCCCUGGUGGCCUCCGUGUGCAAUGCCUACGAGAAGGGCGUGCAGGGCGCCAGCAACUUGGCCGCCUGGAGCAUGGAGCCCGUGGUGCGCAGGCUGUCCACCCAGUUCAUAGCUGCCAAUGAGCUGGCCUGCCGAGGCCUGGACCAUCUGGAGGAAAAGAUCCCGGCCCUCCAGUACCCUCCUGAAAAGAUCGCCUCUGAGCUGAAGGACACCAUCUCCACCCGGCUUCGAAGUGCCAGAAAUAGCAUCAGUGUGCCCAUCACAAACACUUCGGACAAGGUCCUGGGGGCCACUCUGGCUGGCUAUGAGCUUGCGAGGGGGAUGGCCAAAGAGACUGUGGAGUAUGCUGCUAACACCAGAGCUGGCCGACUGGCCUCUGGAGGGGCCGACCUGGCCUUGGGCAGCAUUGAGAAGGUGGUAGAGUACCUCCUCCCUCCAGCCAAGGAAGAGUCAGCCUCUGUUCCUGGACACCAGGGGGCCCAGAAGCCUCCCAAAGCCAAGCCAAGCCUUGUGAGCAGGGUGGGGACCCUGGCCAACACCCUCUCUCGAAACACCAUGCAGACCACAGCCUGGGCACUGAAGCAGGGCUACUCCCUGGCCAUGUGGAUCCCAGGCGUAGCACCCUUGAGUAGCCUGGCCCAAUGGGGUGCAUUGAUGGCCACGCAGGUGGUAUCCCGGAGGCAGAGUGAAGUACGAGUGCCCUGGCUGCACAACCUCGCUGCUGCUCAGGAUGAGGAUCACAAUGACCAGACAGACACAGAGGGCGAGGAGACAGAGGAGGAGGAAGAAUCGGAGGCUGAGGAGAACAAGCUCAGUGAGGAAGCAACCCUGCCCAGCUCCAGAGGCCUCCUGGGCAGUGUGGCACACACCCUGCAGAAGACUCUCCAGGGCACCAUCUCAGCUGUAACAUGGGCACCUAUGGCUGUGCUGGGCACAGCAGGGAGGAUACUGCACCUCACACCAGCCCCUGCUGUCUCCUCCACCAAGGGGAGGGCCAUGUCCUUAUCAGACGCCUUGAAGGGUGUGACUGACAACGUGGUGGACACAGUGGUGCACUAUGUGCCGCUCCCCAGGCUGUCUCUGAUGGAACCUGAGAGCGAAUUCCGAGACAUCGACAAUCCCCCUGCUGAGACCGAGCGUCGGGAGGCGGAGCGCAAGGGCUCUGGCGCGCCGCCCACUAGCCCGGAGCCGGCCGCGCCGCGCCUGGCGCAGCACCGCAGCAGCCUUCGUACCGCGCGGGGCCCCGGCCUGGAGGACAAGAUGGAGACGACCUCCGUACCGCGCUGCGGCUUCCUGGCCAUGCCCCGCGAGAAGCCGAAGCGCAGGGUCAGCGACAGCUUCUUCCGGCCCAGCGUCAUGGAGCCCAUCCUGGGCCGCACGCAGUACAGCCAGCUACGCAAGAAGAGCUGAGCCCCGGACGCCCGCGCCCCGCCCUGCCCCAAACGGCUGCGCCACCCCCAUGGGCUUGGGCGGGUUUCUCUAACAAAUCCUCAGAACCUACACUUUCAAGCGAGCAUUGACUCCUUCAGAGGAGUCCUCCUGGGAGCCCGAACCUCACCACAACCGUGCUGCCAAGGCACACAUCAUUUUAAAAGCAUCCUUUUGGGGCUUGACCAUCAGAGCAGAUUUUUAAGGGGCACUAGAGCAACAGCAUGCUCUGAUUUUCUUUUCAUUCAUUCUUUCUUUUUUUUUUUUUUGUUUUAAUUAUAAAACUAAUUGUUUAACUUGAUAUCUCACAUUUUUAACGGAACUUGUAGCCAAAUGACAUUUGACUGUUUCCAAAAUUCAGAUCCCUCCUCUGUGGACAAAUAUUUUGCUUCCAAAUGAGUAAAAAUGUCACCACCCUGAUGUGGUGUUCUUGACAGGAGUUCUUGACACAUUUUUAGCCUUCAGCUCAGAGAUCCUCUGAUUAUCUAGGCUCUCAGCAAACUACUUUGAAGGGAAUAAUAAUCAAGUACAAAAGCUCUGUGUGUUUAUUUAAAAUAUUGGCAUCACUUUUUGAGGACAUAGACCAAGUGCCUGGUCUGUCCUCUGUGAUGCCAUCUUCUUGCUCACAGCCACAUUUCCAUUUGCAUCAUUACUUUCUUCCACUUGCAUAGUCACUUUAAAUGCUGGGGGACUACAAUGUUAACGUUCCACCCCACGUAGUCUAUAUCAUGUAGACCGUAUAUAUGGACUCUAUAGCCACUGUUCUUUCCAGAUCCUGUUUUGGGAAAUGUUAAUACUUGGUAAACCUAGGAAAUGCAUAAGUAUAAUUUAAAAAAUUUAAACAUUGCAAAAUGCUGUGUGUUUUCCUCUGUGAAUUUCCUCUGUGUUUUCCUCUCCCAGUUCUGUCAUGUAUUCUUCCAGUUAUGUGCUGUGCACCGCAAGAGCAUGUGCACAUACCCCCACAUAUAUGUGCACAUGUGGGAUAGUAUGCUCA